AUGUUCAACGGAAGGUGGAACAGAGUGCAGACUGAUACAGUUGAUCAGCUCGAAAAUGUGCUUGGCAUUUCUAAAAACCCGAAAUUGGUGAAAGAAUCAAUGAGAGAAUCGUUAGAAGAAUACUUGAAGGCUAAGUUGACUACGAUCAUUCAUCAAGAUGGUGUUGAUUUUGGAAUAACAAGGCGAUACAUUUUUGAAAAUGAUGAGGAUGAAGUUGAAGAGCAAAUUACUGAUUUCAAAUUUGGGGAAAAUAAACUGACAAUCAACGAGCGUUCAAUUUCUGGCUCUUUCACACCUUGCAUCAACGGACUGCAAAUAAACGGCAACGAAGGCCCUCUAAAAGUCACCUACAAAAUUCAAGAAGGCAAACUAAUCGAGAUCCUGACCGGCAACGGCUUCAACUUCAAACAAAUCUCCGAGGAAGAGCCGAAAGAUUUCACUCUGUUUAUGCACCGCUAA